ACGUGCAAGCCUGCGCCGGGCCGCUACUGCUCGCGCUCGCGGGGACUGCCACGCUCUGCGCAGUCCCCAGCCCCGCGCCUGUCGCGGCUGCACCCGCGCCGCAGAGCUGCCCAUGGCUGACUUGAGCUUCAUUGAGGAUGCAGUCGCCUUCCCGGAGAAGGAGGAAGACGAGGAAGAGGAGGAGGAGGAGGGCGUGGAGUGGGGUUACGAGGAAGGUGUUGAGUGGGGCUUAGUGUUUCCUGAUGCUAAUGGGGAGUACCAGUCACCUAUCAACCUCAACUCCAGAGAAGCCAGGUAUGACCCCUCACUGCUGGAUGUCCGCCUAUCUCCAAACUACGUGGUAUGCCGGGACUGUGAAGUCACCAACGAUGGACAUACCAUUCAAGUCAUCCUGAAGUCGAAAUCAGUUUUGUCAGGAGGACCUCUGCCUCAGGGACAGGAGUUUGAACUGUAUGAAGUUAGAUUUCACUGGGGAAGAGAAAACCAGCGUGGUUCUGAGCACACGGUCAAUUUCAAAGCCUUUCCUAUGGAGCUCCACCUGAUCCACUGGAAUUCCACGCUGUUUGGCAGCAUUGAUGAGGCGGUUGGGAAGCCCCACGGCAUCGCCAUCAUCGCACUCUUCGUUCAGAUAGGGAAGGAGCAUGCUGGCUUGAAGGCCGUCACUGAGAUACUCCAGGACAUUCAAUAUAAGGGAAAAUCCAAAACAAUACCAUGCUUUAAUCCUAACACUUUAUUACCAGACCCCCUUCUGCGGGAUUACUGGGUCUAUGAAGGAUCUCUUACUAUCCCACCUUGCAGCGAAGGAGUUACCUGGAUAUUAUUCCGAUACCCUUUAACUAUAUCCCAGCUUCAGAUAGAAGAAUUUCGAAGGCUGAGAACACAUGUCAAGGGGGCAGAACUUGUUGAGGGCUGCGAUGGGAUUUUGGGAGACAAUUUCCGACCUACCCAGCCCCUGAGUGACAGAGUCAUCCGAGCGGCAUUUCAGUAGCCAGAGAGACCGGAACAAGCCCAUCUGCAUCAGGGGAGAAGACGGUGACCCUCACAGUCCCUUGACGAGGAGUGCAAGCUCUUGAGUGGCAGCUUCGUUUUAACCCUCAAGCCUGCAUUAUCUUCCGUUACUGCAGCUUUGGUGGAUGUCUGGGACCAUUGUCUGUAUACGUGCUGUUAUGAAAUAUUAGAAGUAGCUGUUCAUUGUAAAGAAAAUCAGUGUGUAUGCACACACUACAGCUUCUGGAAGUCAUACUUUUGCACAUACUGCUUGUUGCUUAUGUGUAGAAAGAAUAAAAGUAGUUUUCAGACUUAUUAAUAUGACUGUAUCAUAUAUCAAUAUGAGAUAAGAAAGACACAUUCCCAGAACCAAGUCAUUUAUCUCCUGUCUGUAUUAGAAGAUAUGCUCACUAGUGUAUUUCUUGAUAAUAAAGUAACAGUUCUGAUCUACAACAGCUUAGAACAUCAAAAUACAAUAUGGAAGGAAUCAUAAAAAUUAUCUCGUGUUUUUUUUCCAAUAAUUGCACCAAAUUUAAUGUCAAACUGGUUUGUCAUGGGAAAUAAUUCAAACUUAAUGCAAAAACACUUUACAUAUUUUUUUAAAAAAGAAUUUAAUUGAAUCUAAUAUAGUUAUGGCAUAUCUGAAAGCAUGGCUUCUAAGGAGUUAAGAAUAGCACAAAAAUAAAUGGGAAAAAAAGAUGAGAACAGCAUAGCAGUCACAGCUUUGUUUCCAUAAUAGAAAUAUAAAUCCAUUGGUAUACCAUGUUAAUCUAGUAUUGUAUACUUUGUAAGUCUUCAAAAUACAUUAUAGAUUGGACUUCUGUGGUGAGGUAAGAUAAAGGUCAUGCCCUUCUUUUCAGUUAAGCUCAUCCUAAUCAUAUCUCAGUUCAAUGUGACAGAAUGGUGCAGACCAGACUGGCCUUAAUCUCACAGAGAUUUGCCUGAAUCUGUUGGAAUUGAUAUGUGCCACUUAGCCCAAUCAAUAUUUUUAUGUAUGAAGACCCCCUCGAGUGCUAAUUGCAUCUGAUUCAGAAUCGAAACAUUAGUGUGUGUUUAUAUGAGUGGAUUUGAAAGUUUAAUUCAUCUACCAAUAAAACUGUAAAUAGCUAU